AUGGCUUCUUCAACGAAUGUUAAUGUACCAGUAACAAAAACUAAUUUUAAACAAAAAAUAGUUAAUUAUUUUAGAAAUAACAAAGAAAUAAUUGAAGAGUGGGCUCAAGUUAGUAGUAUUCAUGGAAUACCACAUGCUGCUGAUGCUAAAACAACAAAAUCUCGUUUUGAUGAUGUUGAUUUUCCAGCAAUUACUUUUUGCCAUUCCAGUCCAUAUAGUGUGAAGAAAAUUUUAGAUUCUCAAUAUGAUGAUUUAAAAAAAGUUAUAAUGGCAUAUAAUUUACUUAAUACCUAA